AUGGCUCAGAAGACACUUCGUCAAUUCUCAGCCCCGUCUAGUAGCCAUAUCCCUACUGGAUUGAACACCGACCAAGGCAAUGAAGGCUUUGAGCUGAAGACCGGACUUGUUAACAUGGUCCCAGCAAGUCCUUUCUAUGGUAAGGCAUCAGAGGAUGCCAAUGCUCAUCUUCAGAACUUUCUGGAAGUGAGUAGCGCAAUCAACCCUAGAGGCACUACAAUGGAAAACAUUCAUCUUCGUCUGUUCCCAUUCUCUCUGGUUGAAAAAGCAAAGAUGUGGUUCUACACCAACAAGGAUCCAUUCACCACAUGGGAUGCCUGCUCUAAUGCAUUCCUAGCCAAGUACUUUUCGGUGGGCAACACCAACGCCCUUCGGAACAUGAUUUCCAGGUUUCAACAACUCCAGGAUGAAACCAUCCCGGAAGCCUGGGAACAUCUCCAGGAAUACAUCACAGCAUGCCCACACCACAACAUGGAAGAGUGGUUGAUCAUCCAAAACUUCUUCCAUGGUCUGAGUCAGCGAGCGCAAGACCACAUAGAUGCAGCAGUAGGAGGAGCAUUUCUCUCCCUCAACGUUGCAAGAGCUAAGGCGCUCAUCGACAAAAUUGCCUCCAACCAGAGUUGGAAGGGAGAUAGGCAACUAGCCCAUGCUAAAGGAGUGCACCAAAUUGAUGGUGUAGAUAUGCUAGUAGCCAAGAUGGAUCUUCUCAUGAAAAAGCUGGAAUCUCCGCACCAGGAGUUCAACCAGAUCAUGGAGUCUCGGAUCACAUAUGAGACAUGUGGCGAUACUGGGCACUCGGGCAACAGUUGCCUGACGACUCAAGAGGAUGUGGACUUCAAUGGGAACAACAAUCCCAAUAACUCAGGCUACUAUUCUCAGCAAGGUUGGAACUCCAAGCCCAACCUCCCCUUCAGCCAACAACAAGGUAACAACUUUAAUAACAAUUUUCAUCCUUCGUUAAAAGACCUAGUGUACGGCCAAAAACAAAAUAAUGAUAACAUUAGCAAGAAAUUUCAAGCUAAUCAUAAAAUUUUGGAGUCUUUGGCCGCACAGCUAGAGGGGUUUAACUCUAUUAUUAAAAAUCAGCUGAGCUUCAAUAAAAUGAUAGAAACCCAAGUAGCUCAGCUGGCCUCAUCUUGCCCUAACCAUAACUCGGGAAAGCUACUCGGGCAACCGGAAGUGAACCCCAAGGAAAGUGUGAACGCGGUGACUACGUGGACUGGAAAGUCCACGCAGGAUCCACCCCAUCCGCAGGAUGCAGGUACACGGUGGAAGACCGUGACCACCAGGGAUGCCAAAGCUGAAGACGAAGUGCAGGAGGAGGCCGAAGAAUCCAACACCACUGCUACCCAAGGAGAAACUGAGGAAGUCCCAAGGGGUUCCCUAGAGUACCACGAUACAACUGCCUUACCGUUUUCGGAACGGAGAAGGACGCUAGUGCUCGACGAGCAAUUCGGCAAGUUCGUCGAGGUUCCUACGUAUGCCAAGUAUAUCAAGGAUAUCCUUAGAAACAAGAAGACCCUGCCGAACAUAAGGUUGUGCAACUUACGGAGGAGUGUAGCGCAGAAAUACUGGAUCCUCUCCCGGAGAAGAAGAAAGACCCAGGAUCCCCCGCCAUCGCAUGUUCAAUUGGAGCCCAACACUUCAAACACGCUCUUUUUAGCGGACCAGUCGGUUCGUUAUCCCGCGGGGAUUGCCGAAAAUAUUCUGGUGAAAAUGCGGAACUUUUUCGUCCCCGUUGAUUUCGUCGUCCUCGACAUGGAGGUCGACACCAAGACCCCUCUCAUUUUGGGAAGGCCGUUCUUGAGCACGGCGAAUGCACACAUUGAUGUGGGAGCUGGAGAAAUCCAGCUCAACAUUAAUGGGCCGAAAGAGAGAUUCACCUUCAGACCGAAGGUCGAACAAUGCUCACAGGUCAAAACAUUCAACCGGAAGAAGAAAUUCGAGAAAGAGCCGGAGAAGCCAUCAACCCCAUCCAUCGAAGACCUCAUCAAAUUCGUGGAAAGUCUGCAGAUUUGA